AUGUGGUCUCUCACCAAAAUAACCACCUCCAUUAUAUGCCUAACAACCACCUUCUUCGGCCCCAUCAAUCUCCCAUGCAAAUCCGGUCUCGUAAUCCGCUCCGCAGGCCUCUACAUCACAAGCGUCAUACCAUCCAUCACUCUACCUUCCAUGCCUUGGCCUCCCAUGAAUAUCUUGGAUGCCUACAAACAGUGUCUGAAGCUGCCCGAAGACGACGCGGGGGAAUUCUUCACCACGGUGAUCCUCUGCAAGAUGUUAAGGCCAUAUGCAGAGAAGAAUAUGCUUCAGAUUGCUCUUGCUCAUGUGCAGGCGACGGGAUUGCAACAAGCUGCGUAUCCUGUGGCAAUGGACCUGCAGUCUGUUAAUGUGAUUGUCACUGUACCAAAACCCACUGCUAGCUAUGAAGUACCAGGGACGCCAACGAAGCAGCCGCCUUUCACGCUUAGGAUGUUGUUCGGAAGGCUGCUUGAGAGGGUUGCGGAGCUGGUUCAGCGAAUCUUGGGGCCGUUCAUUUGGCUUACCAAGAUAGCUUCUACGUGUGCGUCCAAGACUUGUUCAACCGUGGCUGUCCCUGUUCUGCCUGACGCCGAUAUCCCGCUCUUCAUCUUCAUCUUUCUCAUCGGCUUUGUGUCUGGCAAGAUGACUCAUUUGAAAGAGUAUUUGCUGUUGAAGUAUCGUCGACACGUGGACGAUGAUGGAGGUGCCGCAGGCGAUGAACAACUCGAGCAAGACAACUACCUCGACCAAGACAACUACCUCGACCAAGACAACUACCUCGACCAAGACAACUACCUCGACCAAGACAAUUACUUCGACAAACACAAGUAUGAAGCUCACAUUCUCCAUCUCGCCCAACACACCAAACUCCCCACCUCAAUAUCAAGCUCCGACAGCGAUGCCACCACGAUCGACUCAACGAUCCCGGCCGCAAUGUACGAAUACAUGCUCCUCAGCAAGAACCCAAACACCACCCUAAACGACUACCACAUCCUUUUCCUCGACAUCAUCAAGGAAAACAUCCACCUAAACCAGGACAUCUGCGCACUCGAGGACCAGAACAAAGAACGCCGUGUGAUGGAUUGGUUGAACGCGGUCGAGUACGAUGAUCCCUUGGGCCACGAGGACUUGGCCAGUGGCUUGCCAGAUACAGUGUCCGACUCCCGUGAUGAAAAGGCAAUGAAGAAACCUCUUCACAAGUGUAAUCCAUCCCAUACAACGCCGUGA